AUGAAUUGGAUCCGGAGAAGUGUAGGAACGGCCCUGGUGGUUGUUGGUGGAGGCGGCGCCUACUUAACUAUGACGACGAACUUAAUAUCAACACUACCGGCAGACGACAAUUUAUGGUCCAGCAGGAGUUUCGUUCAUUUGAAUCGUCAUCGUAAUCCGGCGAUUCAGGAUUACGUUUGGAAGCGUCUGCCUCUAUCCAAAGUCAGACCUGAUCUCAGAGACGACGAAGAAGCCAUAGCAACUGAGUUUUGUCGUGGCGUGUGGGCUGGAUACGCAUACAUACCACAACGCAUUCUCACAACGCUUUCUUUAAAAAGCCCCAAGACGAUAGACCAACUCUUUGAUCAACAACAAUUGGCGUCGUCUAAAUAUGACCUCGGGGUACGCUUUUCAGACCAGUUCGAGGUAAUGGAGAGGACAAGCAAUUCUGUCACAAUAAGAGCGGGAGGUUCACCACUCGAGCCGGGUCCACGCGAAUUCGACGGGAUACUCAUUUUGAGUGCUAAAGUGAAUAAAGAAGAUAGAACGGUCGAAGUCGGUAUAAAGACGGCAUUCUUCAAUAGCGUGGCACCCGUACGCGAUGGGAAAAUGCCAUCCCCUUUUGUUGUUGAAUUGCUUCAUCGAUAUUAUGCCCGGGCGCUGGUAGAUAGCGGAGUACGAAGACUGACGCGAUCAAGUCCGUGA